AUGCCAUUCGGAAUCAGUCUUCUACAGAGGGAAAGCCUUUUACGAGUAAGCGGAGAGGAAAGAUCUCCAGAGAUUCUUAUCUCAUUCCAUUCCAGUGGCUCGACCAGUAACCAAUGGCGAAAACUCAAAAAUCCAUGGUUUCCCGGUAGAACCCCAUUUCGACCAAGUUGCGGAACCUCCAAAAAGAAGCGGUUUUUUGCACAGCUUGCUCAUAGUGCAGGUCCCACUUGUAUAUCGAAAGCCGAAGAAGCAUCGUACAGGUUGGAGUUCCUACCUUCUUGGGACUCCAUGGACCAAGAUCUGCUUUCAUUAUAUGGGAAAUACCGAUCUACUUUAGUAGAUCAUAUGGAUGUAGAAAAAGCUUCUUUUUUGGAGGAAUUGGAAACAUCUCUUUGGAAUUUCCAUUUACCCGGUUCAUAUCUUUGUUUCGUGUGUUCCCGGAAAGGGAGACCACCACAUUCAUAA